CGGGAGGCUGCAGGCGCGAUGCGGCUCCUCUUUCUGGCGGUGCUGCGGCCGCACACGGGCAACGCUGUCACCGCCGAACGGGUCCGGGACCAUCUGGAAGCUGCCGGCCACAUAUGUAUUCUGAAAGAUGCCUUUGACUUUGAAAGCUCAUCUGAAAUUGCAAACCUGAUCACCACUGAGAACUUCGGGGCAGCCCUGGCUCUUCAUCUCUACAGAGGAGGCCGACUUUUGCAAGGUCAUGGAAUUCCUUUUGGAGUUAUCUUUGGUGGAACUGAUCUAAAUGAAGAUGUUAACCAGAGGGAAAAAAACAAUGUGAUGGGCAAAAUUCUGGAAGAAGCCAGGUUUGCUGUUGCUUUCACAGAGUCAAUGAAGGAAAUGGCACAAGCGCAGUGGGUCGAUCCAGUGUUUACCAGGGAGGUAAAAGCCAAAGUGAAAAGGAGCGCCGGGGUCCGACUGCUGGGAGAGAUGCCUCGAGAAGACCUCCAUGCGGCUGUGAAGAACUGCUUCGCGGUGGUGAACAGCUCUGUCUCUGAAGGCAUGUCCGCCGCCAUCCUGGAGGCAAUGGAUUUGGAAGUUCCCGUGUUGGCAAGGAACAUUCCCGGAAACUCUGCCGUGGUGAAGCACGAAGUCACAGGACUGCUGUUCUCAGAUCCUCAGGAGUUUGUUCAGCUGGCAAAGAGACUGGUUAGUGACCCUGCGUUAGAAAGAGAAAUGGUGGCCAAUGGGAGGGAGUACGUGAGGAGGCACCAUUCCUGGCAGGCGGAGCGUGUCACCUACCAGCGCCUGGUCAGGAGGCUGGAGGGGAGCUGGGAGGACUGA